AUGGAAUCUCCCUUAAAAACCGGCAGAUUGGCUUCCGAUGACGCAAAUGUAUUCUCACUGGUAGAACUGCUGGAGACAGAUGCGGUCAAAAUGCUUUGCGAAUCCAUGGUCAUUGAUAGACGGAACGAUUUCAUUAACUAUUACACAACCUUAUUUCCAACGCACAUGGAUCGUGUGAUCAUCGGGCAAACGCUUAGCGGCUCCCAUAAUGUGGUAAACCUGAACACGGGAACAGUUAUCAACACGUUUGAGCGCCGCCAGGCCCUUUCGUCAUUUUCUCACGACUCGCAGCUGUGGUGCGCCAUUGACCCGCUGAGCCAGUCACUUUAUCUCCGUGACUGGGCCAUUCCGCGCCUCCUCAUCUUCCAUGAGUUCCAAGAUCACCUUGUGCUCAGCACUGCACUGAUGCAGGACUACAUAGCGAUCAUUUACACCAAGCUUCCACCAGCAAAGAGGGCCAAGUCUUCGGGGAAAGCUUCUUCAAAGACAUGUCUUAGCCGGGCAACAAGCGACCAUGAUAUACAAGCCAAUGACCCUGAGUCCGAGGUCAAGACGUUCGCAGAUCACGGUGACAACAUGGACGAUGGGGCUAUCGGGGACCUAAGAGACUCUGACCUGGACACCGCGCAGAUUCCUGAGAAAGAUGUCGAUCCAGGGUUCUUAAGCAGAAGCCUUAGCCAACUGAAUGUUAUCAGUAACACCGCGGGAGAUCUUACCAGCGUGGAGCUGAACGAUGACUCCGAUGAUUCGGAGAGCUCUGAACACUUAAAGAAUUAUACUUCUAUGAGUCUUGCUAGAGACCGUGACUACAUGCUCUCGUGUAGAAACACACUUGAUAGUAAGCUGUCUACCCGUAAGCAAGGUGGCAGCCCCGUUGCUACCUCAAUGGACGGGACCUCGUCCAAAGGAGAGGUAUCAUCGCUGAGUGACCAGCACAGGCUGGUGUCUACUGUCCCCCUAUCGAUUAAUCAGAGUCCCCUUCUUUCCCAAAGUGCAACCCUUUCCUUCCUUGACAGAGAGGAGGUCAGAACUCCUGUGGACCAGCUGACCCCUAAUAAGAGCAUAGAGCCCGAGUUCACCGUUAACAUAUAUCGCAUAAACAAGAGCGUGCACGGAAACACUUUUACGGCUCCGUACUCCCUUGAUAGGGUGGUGAGUCAGCGCCUCCGUGGAUCGGUUGUGCUGGGAAGCUAUUUCGAAACCGAUCAAACACGCCUAUAUAUUGUCAUGCCCAAUUACGAAAUGUAUAUUAUGGACCUAAUUACAUACGAAACAGAGUUUGUAAAAACGACUGCUUAUCCCCAACGCUUCGGACUAGGGCAUGCAGGCGGAGAGUAUCGCUUCACAAUCUCAUCAACAGGAAAAAAUUUGAAACUGAGCACUCCGAUAAGCACAUAUGGGCAGUACAUACUGACCUCAAACAAAGAAUGUAGCACGGUCUAUCGCAAUGAAAAGGUCUACAUUGAGGGGCUUCCGCCUGCAGCCUGUCUCAGCCCUAAGAAGCCAGUUGUUUGGUUUUACAUAAGCGGGAGGUUUUGCGAGCUUAACUUAUUAAAAGUCAAACGUAACCAAAGAACCCUAAUACUUAAGACGAAUGCAAGGGGCCAGAUGCCAACUAAUUCUAAAAUUUCUAAACCGGCUAUUGCUUAUAAGGUAAAGUAA